GAUGUCCACUGCAAUUCACUGGCCAGAUCGCUACACUCCUGGCACCACGGACAACUACGUAUCAAACGAAGUCAUCGCAAAGGACGUAACCGCCGCACAAAUCUGGGCACUUCUCGCGGACAUCACGAAAUGGGAAACCUACUACUGGAAUUGCACUGAGAUCACUCCACCCAAGUCCGGACCGAAACUCGAGGAAGGCAACGAUUUCCAGUUCUCCACCUUUGGCUUCCCGCCUCUGCCCUGCACCAUUCGCGAGUCAGUCGCGCCAUCUGCGUCUCAGCCAGGCCGAAUCGCAUGGGAAGCAGUGACUGAUGGAGAGGGCGGCAAGACCAUAUACGUCUAUCAUGCGUGGAUCGUUGAGGAUCUACCUGGAGGACGUGUCCGUAUCCUUACGCAGGAGUCGCAAAUCGGGGAUGUGUUCAAAGAUUUCGCAGGCAAGAAACCGAACCCCAUGUUGAAUGGUCACCAGGAUUGGUUGGACGGAUUGGUCAAGGCGGCGAGAGGGGAGAAACCUGACGAGCCUGGGGCUUGGAGCAGAUUCUACCGCCGCAAUGUUGAUGAUGAUUUGACGAUUGCUACGGAUUGA